UUCAUUUGUUUGGGAUAUUUUUUUAUUUAAAAGUCUCAAUAAUUGGUGUCUUUGCUUGCCUUUGUGGGAAGAUCUCUACGUGGUAUUGAUCGAGGCGGGUUACCAUCCCUUCAAUGUUGCCGAACUCCUUCUGCUAUGUACGUGCUGUGAUUAAAGAUGCCGGUCUCGACAAAACGGAAUGACGGUGUUCGGAAUGUAGUCCUCGUAAUUUCGAUUUUCUUUUGUGCUCAUCAUUGUUCCUGCUCUUCCUCUGACGACAUUGUGAAUUUGCAUGAUUCUCUGUUCAAGAACUACAAAAACAACGUUAGACCUGUCAGAAACCAACACGACGCUGUGCAUGUCAACAUCUCCUUCAACAUCAUUAUGAUUCACGAUUUGGACCUCAAGAACCAAGUACUGACCACCAACACGUGGAUUCGCAUUGCGUGGAGGGACGAAUUUCUGACCUGGAAUGCCAGUGAUUUUAACAAUGUCACCGAGAUACUGGUGUCGAGAGGAGAGGUGUGGACUCCAGAUCUUCUCGUGGAGAACACGGCGUUUGGUUACAGAGAACUUGGCAUUGACAAGAUGUUGUUAAAUCUAGACCAUAAUGGUUAUCUGAUAUGGGAGCCGGGGCUAAUAACUCAGACAAUCUGUGAAGUCAACAUCGCGAAAUAUCCAUUCGACAGUCAACAUUGUUCGAUACGUCUCAUGUCGUGGAUGCACACCAAUCGGUCUCUGCAAGUAUCCGUAGCCAGCGACUCCAUCGACACGACCAAUUACUACCCCAAUGGUGAAUGGGACUUAGUCGGGACUUUAGUUAAAGCGUUUUCUCCGGAGGACGGAAGCUACAAUGUAGGGGAAAUCCUCCCUGGGGCUGAGGCCAUCAUUGAACUGAGGCGGCGCCCCGUGUAUUACAUAAUCUCCACAAUGCUUCCCAUCUCUAUGCUGUCUUUGCUGAAUGUUUUAGUUUUUAUGCUCCCGACAAACACGGGAGAGAAGAUGACCUUGGCGGUGACAGUGUUGCUGUCGUUUACCGUCUUUAUGAGUGUGGUCAACGAGGUGAUGCCAAAGACCUCCAACAGCGUGUCCAUUCUGGCUGUGUACCUGACCAUCUUGUUGUCUAUGAGUGGACUAUCCGUAGCAUCAACAGUCUUAGUCCUGCACUUUCACCACCACGCUGACAUACAGGCAAUACCCAAACUGAUCAGCGAGGUGCACAACUCCCGCGUUUAUAACGUUCAGCGGUCAAAAAGUAUCAACAACAACAGGUGUCGUAAAACUUCCGGUAUCAUAAAGGAUAACACCAGACCCUCUUCAGAAAAGCUUUUACAGGAUUACAUGGAGGUGGAGGACUCGGCGGGUCAGUCCGACUCGGAGGUUAAUGAUUGUUGUCGCAAACUUCGAUACAAGCUGGAAGACUGGAGAAGGCGCCGAAAACGCCAACCCCUUGGACGAGAAUUCGCCGAGAAACUGGACCGUGGUUUGUUUUGUACCGUUACAGUGCUUACGGUCGUUUCUACAGUCAUUGUGAUGGUUUUAUUAAUUUACUGGUAAUUAAGCACACAUCGUUUCUUAGUUAAUAUUACGUGGUUUUCCUUUAAAAAACGGUUUCUUUUUAGUAUCGUUAUGAAUGUAUAUAAUGUGUCAUGUGACUUGGGUGAGGGAGUGAAUUUGAUGUAUUUCAUACACUAUAUACAUCAUAAAACAUCGGAGACCAUCA